AUGGAACCACUUGCCGUGAUUCUCAUGCUGAUUGAGCUUGCAAGUAUUGCUCUUCAAAUGCGCGAAGAAUUCCUCGGCCGUGCGAUGAAUGAUACCGUCGUCAGAGCACACGGAUUGGAUCCUGGCCAUGGGUCCGCUGAUGUUGUCCAACCUGAUGCCUAUUCCGGGCUAUGUGAUUACAGGAUGGGCACACCAGAGAAGGCUUGCUGUCCUGCGCAUCAGGCUUAUCUGAGGUGUACUGGCACGACUCUUUCCCUUCGUAAGGCUGCGGUAUACGGAUCGUCAACUGGCGUGCCCGUGGCUGACUCGUGCUCGGAUGGACGACAACGAAACCUCUUCCAUACACAGACGAAGAGUUCGCAUUCGGGCGACCCGCAUAUAUCGGCUGGUCGAACUUUGGCGAGUAGCACGAUCGUAGCGGUCUGGCUAGAUGCGAACGACGCUGGACGGCGGGUGCUGAAGAUGGAAGAGAUCGCGAGGCUGAAUUCGCUAUCAAAGGUCGAAAUGGAGUCGCGAGCUGUAUACGGACUGUUCAUACUGUGCUAUCGUCACUCAUACAAUGAUCGCAUUCAGCUGCUGGCAUUAGAUAGAAGUACUGCUGGAGAGAAGAGGCCCAUUGACCGCGGCCACCAUAUAGGCAGCAUUGAAAUGUAUGACAUCGUGAGGCCGCUGGCACGAGCACAACAAAACGGAGGCCUCGUGCCGUUCCGCAGGCAUUGCUGGCAGUCCGAUCCUUCGGUACCAAACCUCUCGAACACCAGCGCCCAUGAUGACUCCGCAGCAUUACAGAUGAAUGGUAGAGAUGCUCUCCCACCCACAGACAAAGACAACCAACCCCAUCUCGCCCUCUUCGGAGCCUUUCUCCGCAACGCAUUAGAAUAA